AUGGAUAAGGAAAUUUUAGUUAUCGAUGGAGCUUGUGGAACCGAGCUACAACGGCUUGGUUACGAUGUCGAUGCAGAUCCCCUAUGGAGUGCAAGCUUAUUGCUUACAAAUCCCCAAGUUAUCAAAGAUUUACAUACCAGCUACUUAAAUGCUGGGGCAGAUAUCAUUUUAACUGCUACGUAUCAGGCUAGCAUUCCUGGAUUGGUACAAUAUGCUGAUUUAACAGAAGCUUCUGCCUCCGCAGUUAUUGCGAUGGCUGUGCGACUUGCCAUUGAAGCCCGCGACGAAUUUUGGGCAGAACAAAAGGCUUGUAACAAAAAUGUUAGACGCCCAAAGCCUCUGGUUGUUGGCUCAGUCGGCCCGUUUGGUGCUUGCCAGCAUGAUGGCUCUGAGUUUCAUGGUCGUUAUACAGAUGAAAUGACCAUUGAAGAGUUAAAGCAGUGGCAUAAACCGAGAAUCAUGGAAUUAAUACAAAACGGAGUAGAUCUUAUUGCUUUCGAGACCAUCCCAGCAGAGAAAGAGGCGAUCGCAUUAAUACAGGUACUAGAGACAUUUAGAGGUGUGAAGGCAUGGCUAUCGUUCGUCUGUAAGGAUGAUUUACAUUUAAACCAUGGAGAGCUAUUUGCUGAUGUGAUGGAGCGAUUCCGAAAUCAUAACCAAAUUGUUGCAAUUGGAACUAACUGUACGAAUCCUCAAAAUGUUGACAAUCUUAUUCAAUCCUGCAAAAGAUUAGAUGCUUACGAUAAGCCAUUUAUAGCAUAUCCUAACAGUGGCGAAUCUUGGAGUGUUGACAGAUGGGAUCCGACAAUUCCACCAGUCGAAUUGAGUGAUUAUGUACAAAGGUGGAUAAAGAAUGGAAUUAGAUGGAUAGGUGGUUGUUGCAGAACUACCCCAUCAGAUAUUCUAAAGAUUCGAAAUAAAGUCGAUGGAAUUCCGAAAUUAAAGGAAUCCAAAAGUCUAAUCUGA